AUGUCUCGACAGUUUGGAAGUAGAAGUGUAAGAAGCUAUCAAAAUCUUCAUAAUAGAACUGCUUUAUUAGGUGAUGCGAAAUAUGACCGUAGUACACCAUCACCAUCAAGAGAAUUCGACUCGGUCAAAGUAAAGAUGAACGAUCACGAAUUGGAUUAUUUAGAAAGUCAAAAUGAUGAGGACAUAUCUGGCUUAUCUGCUAAAGUGAAAAUAUUGAAGAACAUCACAGGAAAAAUAGGAGAGGAAAUCAAAUACGGGAAUGGUUUGAUAGAUAGCAUGAAUAAUCAAUUUUCAAAUACUGGAUCUAUUUUGGGUAAAACCAUGAAUAAUUUUAAAAUCAUGGCCUCAAAGGAAUCAGGGACAAUGUGGUGCUGUUUAACAUUAUUUAUUGUAUGUAUGGUCAUGUUCUUCUAUUACUGGUUUUUUAAAUAA